CCCCUUCUUGUUUCACUCCUCUCUUUUGCUGUUCUUCUUCAGCUCAAGAUGGAGGGGACAGCAAGCUUGGAGGUCACGCCGAAGCCGGUUAUCCCCCCUUGUAAUGGAACUCGUAUCCAGCGAGCAAUGUUCCCCUCCACUUUUGUGUUUGGAAUGGCGACAGCAGCAUACCAGGUGGAGGGAGCCUUUGACGAGGACGGACGGGGUCUCAGUAUCUGGGAUGUUUUUGCACGCAUGCCGGGCAAAGUGAAGAAUGGAGACAAUGGCGAUGUGGCAUGCGACCAAUAUCACCGUUAUGAGGAGGAUGUAGCCCUCAUGGCAGACAUGGGGAUCAAUGCCUAUCGUUUCUCUAUAUCUUGGCCGCGUAUCUUUCCUCUGGGAUCAGGUGCCGAGCCCAAUCCGGAAGGAAUUGCGUACUACAAUCGUCUGAUCGAUGCACUGCUCAAGGUUGGCAUCGAACCUUGGGUCACUCUCUAUCACUGGGAUUUGCCGCAGAAGCUGCACGAAUCGUACGGUGGCUGGCUUGGCGAGCAAUCUGUUCGUGACUUUCAGGCGUAUGCGGAAACAUGUUUCCGAGCCUUUGGUGACCGCGUUAAACAUUGGAUCACGUUCAACGAACCUCUGGCGUUCGUGUUCUUGGGCUAUGGAAUCGGCAUCCAUGCCCCAGGUCUUCCCCAUUGUGGCGAUAUUCGACCUCCUCCUCCUCCUCCUCCUCCUCCUCCUUCUUCCCCUCAUCUGUCCUCCUCUUCUCCCGAAACGGACACAGGUAUCCCCGAUGCUUACAUCGUUGGCCACAAUGUCCUCCGAGCACAUGCUGCGGCUGUCGACACUUAUCGCCGAUCCUAUCAGCCUCAUCAGGGAGGGAAAAUUGGCAUAACCUUGGACCAUUCGUGGUGUAUUCCAGUGUCGGACACUGCCGCUGACAAGGAAGCAGCCGAAAGGCGUCAGCUAUUCGGGUUGGGCUGGUUCCUUGAACCUGUUAUGAGGGGUAAUUAUCCGGAAGUCAUGCGGAAGCGCAUGGGCUGCAAGUUGCCUUCAUUCACGGCUGAGGAAAGUGCAUUGCUGAGGGGGUCUAUUGACUUUCUAGGGGUAAAUUUCUACACCUCGGCGUACGUGGCCGAUUGCCCUUCGUCUAAGUUGAGUCCUCCUACCUUCUCUGUGGACGCUGCAGCCGGUGUGACAACUUCGCAGUUCAGGGAUGGGCAACCCAUAGGGGAACGUGCUGCCUCUUCAUGGCUGUACAUAACCCCUGAGGGAAUUGGCAAUCUCUUGCUGUGGAUCACGAAGACGUAUGAUCCUCCCGCCAUUUAUAUAACCGAGAAUGGCAUGGACGAGGACGACAAUCCUGAGCUCCCGCUGCAGGAGAGGCUGCGCGACCCAAAGAGGGUGCAGUUCUAUAAUGACUACUUGUUAAGUGUGUCCAGUGCAAUGAGCAAGGGAGCUCCUGUGCAGGGGUACUUUGCGUGGUCCUUAUUGGAUAACUUUGAGUGGGCUGAGGGGUACACCAAGAGAUUUGGGGUUCACUACGUCGACUUCAAGAAUGGUCAGGCCCGUUACCGUAAGUCGUCAGCUUACUGGUGGGCGGACUUCCUCAAAGACGAUCAGCAGAAAGAAUAGGGAUAUCUUUAUGCCGAGGAAAAUGGCAGGGUACCAGAGGCACCACGGGGCCUAGGUCAGUUGGUACUACACCCCUGAACUGUUGAAAUACAUACCCAAGUUCGAAUCCAGAUGGAUAAGAUAAAAAUGAUUCUGAAUUAACCGAGGAGGCUGGGUGGGACCAAUCAGUUCGACGAUGAUAUCUCCAGGGUGUUGCCCUUUCGGAAAAAAAAGGCGGGGUAUCGGAGGCCUAGCGCAGUUGGUACACCCAUGACCUGUUGAAAUGCAGACCUGAGUUCGAAUCUGAAUGUAGAUAAAAUAAUUGUGAAUUACCCAGGGCCGAUCAGUUCGACAACGAUACCUCGAGGCCAUCCCCCUUCUUAUGCAACGAAGAAAAAAGAAGGAGAAGAAAGGAAAAAGGGAAAGGGGCAGGGUCUUGAAGUGAGACGGUGAAAGAGCAUGUAAUAACCCGUCGAAUUGCAGAUGGUGAUUUCUGUGGUUUUCUGAGUUUUUGCAGUCGUUCUGUGUCUGCCGGGAUUCCUUUUUGUGAGUCUGUUCCUGGUCUAUGGUGGCUGCUGAUAUUUGUGUUCCAUGUGUUGGUCUGUCUGUCUGAGUACUUAGGGGGCUAUGUGUGUGACCGGGUAUGAAGGCCUGUGUGUUGGUGUGGGCCCCUCAGACCUGGUACUAACCUAUAUUACCAUGUUAAUGGCCUUUGCAGGGGUAGGUAGGCCCAAAAAGGCCUUUGUAGUGGGCACAGGGCUAUGAGUCUACAGUAGGCCAGGGGUAGGUAGGCCCAAAAGGGCCCAAAAUCAAGUAGUACUGGGUAGGUAGGCAGAAAAAGACAAAAAGUCGGACUUUUGGUAGGCCAAGGUGUUUCCUUGAGGUCCGGUAGGCCUAGAGCAGAAGUCCGGAAUGUACGGCUUUUAAUGUGGUCCGGUAAAGCGUCUAGGUUCAGGUCCUGUAGGUAGGAUAUUAAUCUGCAAUGAGUUAAGGGCAGGAACCGCAAGGGCUGGAGGCUGGGUAGGCUGGAAGUCGCCGGACAAAAAGGGCGGAGCCAAAUUACAUCUUUGGGAGUAGUGACUUGCUUCAUCUCUUUUCCUUGCUUGCAGGUAGCGAUGCUGCUGGCUUGGGAGCUUGGAGUGCCAAGCGGCAGUGUUGCAAGAGAGCCGCCACUCACCCUCGCUAUGGUGUCUGGGCCAGGGCGAGGUAGGAGAAGGGCAAGGCAGCCUGGUGGCAGGCAGUAGAGGCGUCCAGCAGGAUAUGGAGGUGGAGUAGGGGGAGGAAGAAGAAGGAAGAAGAAGGAGAAGGAAGAGAGUGAAGGAGAAAACUUUUCUUGGCUAUGGUGGACUGCAGCUUCAUUGCCUCGGUUGGUGCUGCUGCACCUAGAGGGCCCCUGGAGCGGGUACCCGUGGGUGGAGGACUUCAUAUCGGAGAGUACGCUUGGCGGAAGUAGUGGGAGGAGGCAUGGGAGCUUGCAUAGGAGCUAGGCUUGGAUUAGCCGCCAUAGCCGGAUGCCAUAUCAACCAGGGAAGGAGCUGCAGGAGCCUUACUGAGGGAGGGCUGUGUACAUGGCUGGCAAUG